UCAUCUCCUAACAAAGCCAGCAUAUUCUCUCCCCCAUCAUGUCUUCUAGCAGCGCAGAGGGGGACAAGCUGCAGAUCCCUCUGGGACUCAUCAACGGCGCGGGCAAGUAUCUGACGGCGGAGACGUUCGGCUUCAAGAUCAACGCCUCGGCCAGCAGCCUGAAGAAGAAGCAGACCUGGACUCUGGAGCAGACCGGGGAGGACGGCAGCGUGGUCUUUCUCCUUUCCCACCUGGGCCGCUACCUUGCCACGGACAAAGACGGCAACGUGACCGCCGACAGCGAGACGCGCGGCCGCGACUGCCGCUUCGUCGUCACGGCGCACGAGGACGGGCGGUGGUCGCUGCAGUCCGAGCCCCACGGCCGCUUCCUCGGCGGCAGCGAGGACCGCAUAACCUGCUUCGCCCAGAGCGCCUCCCCCACGGAGAGAUGGAGCGUCCACCUGGCCGUGCACCCCCAAGUCAACCUGUACAGCUUUGCGCGCAAGCGUUACGCCCAUCUGAGCGCGCAUGGAGAGGUGGCGAUAGACCGGGACGUCCCCUGGGGGGUCGACUCCCUGGUGACCCUGGUCUACCGGGAUCAGCGGUACCACCUGGAGACCUCCGACAACCGCUUCCUGCGCAACGACGGCAGCCUGUCCACCAAGACGGACAAAGACACCGGCUACAUGCUGGAGUUCCGCUCGGGGAAAGUGCUGUUCCGCGACUGCAACGGCCGCUACCUGGCCCCCGCGGGCCCCAGCGGGACCAUGAAGUCUGGGAAAGGCGGCCGUGGGGGGAAGGAUGAACUGUUCAACCUGGAGCGCAGCCUGGCGCAGAUCGUGCUGACUGCGGGUAACGAGAGGAACGUCUCCACGAGGCAAGGCAUGGAUCUGUCUGCUAAUCAGGACGAGGAAGGCGACCAAGAAGUCUUCCAGUUGGAGAUGAGCCGUGACGACAGGAAGUGUGCCUUUAAAACUGCUGCUGGAAAGUACUGGACUCUGACUGUGACUGGAGGACUGCAGUGCACUGCCUCCACCAAGUCUGCCAACAGUUACUUUGAACUGGCGUGGCGUGAUGGGCGGGUGUGCAUCCGUGCAGCCAACGGCAAGUAUGUGACAGCAAAGAAGAACGGGCAGCUGGCUGCUGCCGUUGACAAUGCAGGGGAGGCUGAACAGUUCCUGAUGAAGCUAAUUAACCGUCCAAUCAUCGUCCUCCGUGGGGAGCAUGGCUUCAUUGGGGCGCGUAAAUCUGGACUGCCCACACUAGACUCCAACAGAGCAUCCUAUGAUGUUUUCCAACUGGAGUUUCAUAAUGGUGCUUAUUCUUUCAAAGAUUCCCAGGGCAAGUACUGGUGUAUCGGAGACGACACAGCCGUUGUGUGCAGCAGCUCCACACCUGUUCAGUUCCUGCUUGAAUUCUGCGACCUGAACAAGAUGGCCAUCAGGGUUGUCGGGGGGAAAUACCUUAAAGGUGACCAUGCCGGGGCCCUGAAGGCCAGUGCAGACUCCCUGGAUAGUGCAACUCUGUGGGAAUACUGAGAAAACGUUCACGUUUUUUGGCACAAUGCUACAAACUAUUUAGAUAUACUGUUGGUAGCAAUUUUUUGCUGUUGUACUUGUUAUUUUUUUCUUUUUUGCAUAUGUAUGCGUGUAAUUUUGAAUUUGUUCGAAUGGCCGAAUGAAGGAUAAUGAAAUUUGACAUCCUAGCACAAAGGUACGGCAUUUUUUUCUACUUGUGGACUUAUUGCUGGGCUUUUUACAGAGGGUUUUGCAUUUUGCUGUUUUACUGAUUGUGUCGUUGCACAUUGUUGGUCUCCCCAGUCAAACACAGUCAUUCAUUGUGCCUAUCUACCUAUGGUAACUAUUGGUUUGACAUAUACCUUAUAACUUACAUGAUGGAAGUAUGUGAUGCUCGAUGUCCUGCUUGUAUGUGCUGCUUUUAUCUCCUGCUCUCUCUUAAGACACAAACUGAAACGCACACCAGAUGGAGAGAUGUUGCUGAUUUACAUUCCUCUACUUUAAAUAUCACUUCCAAUUUUGCUGGAUGAUUCAAAACAUGGGAACCACAGAAUUGUGGAAAUGGGAUAUAACAUUUUUCUGGCAUGCACACUCAAAUGUUCUGCAAGAUAGCACAAAUUAAAAGGCUUUCCUUGGGUGUUAAACCCAUUCAACAGUUCUGUGAGGUCUGCGAUGGUGGUGAUGAAAAUGAGCUUUAAAACAAAAUGACACAUUUAUCAUUUUGGGUAAGGCGUACACACAAACAGUCCAACUGUUCAGUGCAAUAAUAUUAAAUGGUGGAGUGUAUUUAAACAUAACUGAAAGCACAUGAUUCUUAUGAAGCGCCUUAUUUAGCCUGGGUGCUGCUGCUGGUGUGUGAACAUGAUGGUAGAGUCAUCUCUUCUGCUGACACUUUGGCUGUGCCUUUCACCGAGCAUUCAUUUUCUUCUCUCGUGCUCCUACAUUUGAAUUCAUUUAAUAAAAUGUCCAAUAAAGUUGUCAGUCUGGC